UUUUUAUUUUUGGUUCACUCGUGUGAGAAUUCUACUGUGUAAUACAGACAUUGCGGCGAAGUCAAAACGAAUAAGCAUAGCAUAGCCACCGCCAGCAUUUGAAAGUGCAACAGCGAUGGCCAUAACCGCCACCAUUUCACUUUCUCUUACCUCACCCACUCAUCGCUCUCUUCUCUCUCUUCCUUCUUCCCGAUCCAUUUCAACCACACUACAACGCACUUUCAAAUACCCUAAUUCCCGCCUCAUUGCUAAUUCCUCCAUCAAAACACAUACUCCUUUAAAAACAAAUUCAUUUCUCCACCAACAGGAAAGUGACUUUCUCCAUUUCGCUAAGUUUCACGGCCUCGGAAACGACUUCGUUUUGAUCGAUAAUCGAGACUCUUCUGAACCAAAAAUUAGUUCAGAGAAAGCUGUGAAACUCUGUGAUCGUAACUUCGGUGUUGGUGCUGAUGGAGUUAUCUUUGUUUUGCCUGGUAUCAAUGGCACUGAUUACACAAUGAGGAUUUUCAAUUCUGACGGUAGUGAACCUGAGAUGUGUGGAAAUGGAAUGCGAUGCUUUGCUAAAUUUGUUUCUCAGCUUGAGAGUUUACAUGGAAGACAUAGUUUCACCAUACACACUGGUGCUGGGCGGAUUGUUCCUGAAGUCUUGGAGGACGGAAAUGUUAGAGUUGAUAUGGGGCAACCGACUCUUAAAGCAUCGGAUGUGCCCACUAAAUUAUCUCCCAAUAAGGAUCAUGCUGUUGUUAAAUCAGAGAUAGAUGUUGAUGGAGUUAUCUGGAAUGUGACACUUGUUAGCAUGGGAAAUCCACACUGUGUAACCUUCAGUAGCAAAGAAAGCCAGAAUUUGGUCGUUGAUGAAUUGAAGCUAGCACAAAUUGGCCCAAAAUUUGAACAUCAUGAGAUGUUCCCUGCACGAACGAACACAGAGUUUGUGCAAGUCCUUUCUAAUUCUCACCUGAAGAUGCGUGUUUGGGAGCGUGGAGCAGGGGCAACUCUUGCCUGUGGAACUGGAGCUUGUGCUACAGUUGUUGCAGCAGUUCUUGAGGGGCGUGCUGGGCGGAACUGCACGGUUGAUCUACCUGGAGGGCCUCUUCAGAUUGAAUGGAGGGAAGAAGAUAAUCACGUCUAUAUGACAGGUUCUGCAGACCUAGUGUAUUAUGGAUCUUUGCCCCUUUAAAAUACUGCCUCUAAAUUAUUGUUAAACCCAAUACCUUGGGGAGUUAUGAAUUGCUUAAUCACAAUUGUAUAAGAGAGGUGCACUUUCAUAUUUUAGUGAAUGUUUUCACCACGAAUUCACCGUCUUCCAUUUAAUUGAAUGACCCAAUGAUUUGGUUAUGGUGUACUACAAAUAGACACAUUUACUAUGUUGGUUCU